AUGAAGAAGGACAUGAUUACAGAGAUCUUGGCAUAUGAACAGGACGACAGGGGAUACGUACUGGAUGGCCUAAAGGACAAAACGUUUAAAGCCAUUUUGAGCAAAAAUGAAAAUAAAAUAUGCUUCGACUGCGGUAAUAAAAAUCCCAAAUGGCUGUCUUUGACGUAUGCCAUAUUUAUUUGCCUGAACUGUUCAGGUAAGCAUAGACAAUUAGGGACGCACAUAUCGUUUGUGCGGUCAACAGGAAUGGAUAAGUUUACAGCGAAGCAGUUGGUUAGGAUGUGUCUUGGAGGAAAUUUAAAGGCAAGUGAAUUUUUAAAAAUGAACAAUAGCACUAGCAUGAUUGAUUAUUCAUCUCAUGCAUGUAUGAAAUAUAAAAUGUAUUUGGACGGCCAGUUGGAGGAGGCAUUGUUAACGCAUGGAAGUGGAGAAAAAUAUCGCAAUGACGGGGCGGAUGCACAUGGCGGUAAUGUCAGCCAGAUGAACAGCUUAACCGGCACGAAGCCUCUAAUCGAUUUAGUUAGCGACGACGCGAGGAAGAUAGAGGGUCCAAAUGAACUUCCUAGGGGAGAAGCGAACGAGACGGGCGGCGCCUUUGCAAGUCGUGGUCAGGUCAGGGGUGGUAUCCCCAGCAGAAGCCUCACGCCGACACACAUGAUCGAAGAAAAAAUGAUGUACAAAAAUUGCAACAAAAAUUUCAAGGCCAAAAAAAUAGACAUCAACUUUGAUGAUACGAUAUUUGAGCACAGCGGGAAGGGUACUGCAAGGGACGGGAGGAGUGCGCACCCUGGUGUUAGCGACGAGGCGUUUAGUAUGCAUGGAGGAAGUGGCGCUGCUAGUUAUGGCGGUGUGCAGGGUCUCGGCAGGAACGAGAGCGAAGUGGGAGGAUAUGACACGAGGUGUCCCCCCGGAGGGGAGUUAUGUUACCCAGGCGGUCGCGCUAUAGGAGGAAAUAACUCCAUGGGAAGUAGUAGUAUUAACGGCAACAGCCAUUUGAAUCCAACAAGUGAUUCCAAGUUAAACAAAUUUAAAGACUGCAAGAGCAUACGUUCAGAUCAGUACUUCUAUGAUGAGAGGCACCAGAAUGAUGACGACGUCAUACGAAAUGUACAUAUAACGAAUAGCAUUUCGUCUGAUCAAUAUUUUAAUAGAAAUGUCAAUAACAGGAAGGGUGUGUGGAAUUUGGAUGAACAGACGAUUCAGAAUUUACAAGGCCUCAAGGUGACGGCAAGGGAGGGCCUGUCCAAUAUCGUUGCGGCUGGCAAUGAGGUAUUUCUGAAGGCCAAGGAAUGGUUCAACAAUUAA